ACCGACACACAGAAAAGUCGAGAAAGAGUGAGAAUGCAACAGGAACAGCCCGUGUUCAGGCCUUAAGUGGAGAAGUUUGUUGGGACUGUGACAGUUUAAUUGCAUGCUCGCAACAAAGCGAAAAGUGCAACCAGCCCACAUGGAAAACAUUUGAAUUGACAAUCGACGCGGUGUCAGAAAGACGUUAAAUGUUACCAAAAUACAAACUGCCGUCUUGACAAAAUGAACCGUUUGGACUGCGGGUUUCACGCUUUUGGACAAGGAGGCUCUGCCAUUAACCUCUUUAUCGCUCUUCUGGCGGCUCUGGAAAUCUGCAACACAUUGGAAUUACCAGAUAAAACAGAGAGAUUGCUGAAGGAUCUGCCGCAGUAUGAAGUGGUUCACCCCACUAGAGUGGAUGCCAGAGGUCACUUCCUGUCCAACUUCCUGUCUCACCAUGCUAGCCGUGUACAGCGCCGGGAUGCCUCAGAGGGACCAGCAGACAUAGAUCAAGUCUUCUACCAGUUGUGGCAUGGAGGCCACAGUUUGCACUUUAACCUCACACUCAACCCACACCUGCUGGCCCCGGGGUUCCUGACUGAAAGGAGGUAUGGUGGCCUGGACGGGGCCAAGAUUCAACCACCUGGAUUCUCCCAGUGCCAUUUCUUAGGUGACGUGUGGGAUGAGGCUGUUGGUAGAGGAAGCGCAGCCAUAAGUACCUGUGAUGGACUGACAGGACUGUUCAGGUUGUCUGAUGAAGAGUUUUUUAUUCAGCCUCUGGAGAUGUCAAGCGAUGAUUUGUCAGCACCUCAGGCCCAUGCCAUCUACAAACGCCAUGCGUCCCCCCCCUCCUGGAGUCCAGUGGUACAGCCCAUCUCAGGGAAACAAGCUUUCAACGGUACCUGUGGAAACAAAGCGUCACAUCCAAGUUUUGAAGACUUUGAAAGGCAGCGAGAGCGGUGGGAGAGCGGCCACCAGAGGAGGAGGAGGAGAAUUCGUCAGCGCUCAGUCAGCAAACAGAAGUGGGUGGAAGCGCUGGUGGUGGCCGACCCUAAAAUGGUGGAGCAUCAUGGGAGUAAAUCUGUGGAAAGCUACGUCCUGGCUGUCAUGAACAUUGUGGCGGGUCUGUACAGAGAUCCCAAUAUUGGAAACGCAAUCAACAUUGUGGUUGUUCGACUCAUCUUACUGGAGCAGGAUGAGGAUGACUUAAAGAUUACACACCAUGCUGACAACAGCUUGAACAGCUUCUGUAAGUGGCAGAAGAAACUAAACAUGAAAGGAGAGGAACACCCGCUCCACCACGAUGUAGCAGUUCUGCUCACAAGGAAGGACAUCUGUGCAUCCAUCAACAUGCCCUGUGAGACACUGGGUCUGUCCCAUGUGGCGGGGAUGUGUCAGUCGCAUCGCAGCUGCAGCAUCAGUGAGGACACCGGCCUCCCUCUGGCCUUCACCGUCGCUCAUGAGCUUGGACACAACUUUGGGAUUCAGCAUGAUGGCAACGGUAAUGACUGUGAACCCAUUGGGAAACGACCUUUCGUCAUGUCUCCACAGCUCCUGUACGGCACUUCCCUCCCCAGGUGGUCCCGCUGCAGUCGCCAGUAUAUCACCCGCUUCCUAGAUCGUGGCUGGGGCUGGUGCCUCGAUGAUUCCCCAGUGAAGGAUCAGCUCUCUCUGAACUCAGUGCUUCCCGGGGUCCUGUACAGCGCUGCCCAUCAGUGCCGACUGCAGUAUGGAUCUGGAUCCCUGCUCUGCGAUGACAUGGACGAUGUAUGCAGCACUCUGUGGUGCACUGUGGGAACGACCUGCCACUCAAAGCUGGACGGCGCUGUCGAUGGGACCAGUUGUGGCGAGGACAAGUGGUGUUUCAGUGGAGAGUGUGUGACAGUUGGACAUGAGCCUGAGAGGGUUGAUGGUGGCUGGGCAUUGUGGAGCAAGUGGUCGGCCUGUUCGAGGACAUGUGGGGCUGGUGUCCAGAACGCAAAGAGAGACUGUGAUAACCCAAUUCCUAAGUAUAGAGGGAACUAUUGUCUGGGAGAAAGACAGAGGUACAGGAUCUGCAACACCACACCAUGUCCUCAUGACCUGCCCACCUUCAGAGACCUCCAGUGCAGUCACUACAACACAUUGCCAUACAAGGGCAGGUUCUACAAGUGGGAAGCAGUCAUCAACAGAGCCAGCCCUUGUGAACUGCACUGUCGUCCACUGAACGAGCACUUUUCUGACAAGAUGCAGGAUGCCGUUGCUGACGGGACUCCGUGUUACCAAGGAAACAAAAGCAGAGAUGUGUGCGUCAAUGGCAUCUGUAAGAAUUUAGGCUGUGACUAUGUUAUUGAAUCCAGAGCUGUAGAGGAUCGCUGUGGGGUGUGUCAUGGCAACGGCUCCACCUGUACCACUGUGAGGAGAACAUUUGAGGAAACUGAAGGACUUGGUUAUGUGGACAUUGGACUGAUCCCAGAGGGAGCUCGGGAUAUCAGCAUUGAGGAGAUGGCUGAAGCUGGGAACUUCUUGGCACUACGAAGCGACUCCCCCAACAAGUAUUUUCUGAAUGGCGGCUGGACGAUCCAGUGGAAUGGAGAGUACAAGGCAGCCGGCACUGUUUUCACUUACCAGAGGACGGGACAACUGGAGAACCUGACGUCUCCCGGGCCCACCAUGGAACCACUGUGGAUUCAGCUUCUCUUUCAGGAGACGAACCCUGGGGUGCGGUACGAGUACACAAUCAGUCGCAAUAUAUCUGAGGACAACAACAUCCCUGCAUCAGUUUUCUUCUGGAAAUAUGGGUCGUGGACUGAAUGCAGUGUUACCUGUGGAAUAGGUGUUCAGAGGCAGAUCAUUCACUGCGUGGAAAAGACAACAGGGAUAGUAGAGGAACACUUCUGUGAACCUUUAACCCGGCUUGACAAUAACCAAACCAGCUGUCACAAGGAUCCAUGUCCAGCUAUAUGGUGGAUCGGUGAGUGGCAGAAAUGCUCAGCCAGCUGUGGGAGCUCGGGCCUGACUAGAAGGACAGUCCUCUGCAUUCAGGCAGUAAGUGCUGAGGAGCAGAAAGCACUGCAGCCCAGUGAAUGUCAACACAUACCUGCACCUGAGUCACUCUCCUCCUGCAACACACACAUCCCCUGCCCUGCAGACUGGGCCUCCAGCAGCUGGUCGAAGUGUUCGCUGACCUGUGGAAGCGGAGUACACCGGCGUAAUGUAACCUGCUCUAGAAACACCGGAAUUGACUGUGACCCUCAGAAGAAGCCAUUAGCUGUCACUACUUGCUACAUCCAGGAUUGUGCACAGCUGGUGGAUAACUUUGGAGGUGUCGAGUUGUCCGGAAGUGGCUGGUCGAGCAAAGAAGUGCUUAAUGAAAUUAACUCUAUUCCUGAGGUCAAACCUCCUUCCAAAUACAGUACCACCAGAGCCCAGCCAAGAACUAACAACAAUAAUCUGAACAACAUUGUAGAGGGAGACUUCCACUACCACAAUAAUAUUGAAAAUAUCAAUCAUUCUCCAGAAAACAGUGUUCAAGUGGACGAUUUUUACUAUGACUACAAUUUCAUCAACUUCCAUGAAGACUUAUCGGAUGACUUUGAGGGCGAUGGAAAAGAUUCAGGGGACAGAGUUGCUCCUCCACAGGGGGCCAAGCCAACCAGCAGCAUAAAAGAAAAUGCAUACAUAGAAACUACAAAAGCUCCUUCAGCCAUUUCCACAGUCUCAAAGGCCACUGCCAUCAUUUUGAGAACUGAAGAACCACAGAACAUAAACCAGGACGAAACAAAGGACAACAAUGAUUCAUCAACAAAGGAGUCCGUGCAAACAAAUUCUGAACAUUUGGACGACUUCCUAUCUGAGGAUUAUCUACUGCCUGUAUCUACCACUCGCUCGCCUCCAUUGUCUACAACAGGGCAUUCAAAAACACUUAAAGAGACACAUGAUGAGGAUGUGAGGUGGCCUGAAAAAAUAAACUCAAUGCCUGAUCUGGUUUUCACUACCGAGGAGCCCACACAGGAUUCCAAGUGGGAACAAUAUGUGGAGGAGUCGGGAAAAAACGAUGACAUUUUCAAUGAGGAGGAAAAUCAAACUCAGGAGGUCACAGUGACUGCAAAGUAUGCUGACAACGCUCGCGGCCAUAAACCCACUAUCAAGACUGAUUUGAAAACAGUGGGGGCUCAGGAGACGGAGGAACAUGAUGAAUAUAAUUACAGCUACGAGGAAAAAAGUAUGUUAAGUCCAGACAUCUCUGCAGGAGAGGAAGACAGUCCAGAUUUUAUAUUCUCUCCUACACCAGAAACAAUAAAUCAGGUUAAGUUGAGUGAAACACAACUGGACGAAAGUCCUUCAGAAAUACCCCAAACCACCAGCCAAACAUUAAUAUUGCAAACUGCCUUCACAUUGGAGGAUUUGGACUUGGAUCAGACUCAUUUUAAUACAUUGUAUGCCACUAGUGAGGGUAAUUCAUUGGAUUCUCACAUUGACCUCAGUACAACCUCACUUCCUGCCUCGGAGACAUCCACCCCGCUUCCCAUUCCUUUUCUGCAAACGUCAGGUAACAGAGAGGCCUCUGAAGACUACACGUCGUUAACUGGAACAGAAAUCAUAUCUCCUACAAACCUGGAUGGAGCCACUCCGCCUUCUCCAGCUGAUUUCCUGCCAGCUACAGCCGAACAAAUACAGACAAAGCCCGCCUUCACAGAGAGAACUGGACAAGAUCCCAAAUCCCAAACUUCUACGUUUGAUGAAGCUGAUUUUGAUUACAAUGAAAUAAUCGUGCCCCAGAUGAUUGGUAGCAGCAGUGACACUGAUCCAGACUCUUCAUACCAGCUAACAACAACCCCAGCAACCCCUCCUCAACAUAACACAAUGCCAGAGCAGCACAUGGAAACACCUACACCUGCUGUGCCCAUUUUGCCAACACAUCCACCUAUUCUGUGGCCGCUUCCAGAGCCAACAUCUGCCCCAACUUCAGCCUCCACAGUGACAACCGCUGCCUACUGGGUCACCGGAAACUGGAGUGCUUGCUCCACCAGCUGUGGUCUGGGUGCCAUCUGGAGGACUUUGGCUUGCAGCACUGGCUCGGACUCUGACUGCGAUCCUGCCAAGAGGCCUGCGCCAGCCCAGCGGUGUUACCUGCGCCCCUGCUCCACAUGGAAAGUGGAGGAAUGGAGUGAGUGUUCCAAGAAUUGUGAAGGCGGCAUUAAAUCACGAGAGGUCCAGUGUUUUGACCUGCGGGAUCAAAGACCUCUCCGACCUUUCCACUGCCGGGCCAUGUCCUCCAGGCCACAAACUCAAAUGACCUGUAACCCUCAGCCAUGUCUCGACUGGUACACCUCGUCCUGGGGUCAGUGUUCUGAGGUUUGUGGCGGAGGCGAGCAACAGCGUAUGGUCACCUGUCCAGAAGAGGAUCAAUGUGAUGUGGAACUCCAGCCCAGCAACAUCCAAUCAUGUAACAGCCAGCCUUGCGCUCAGUGGCUUACUGGAUCAUGGGGACAGUGUUCGGCUUCUUGCGGUGGUGGAGUGCAGCGCCGACUCAUCAAAUGUGUGAACACAAAGGCAGAGACAGACGAAGAAGUGGAUCAAGCCCAAUGUGACCCUGAGCUGUGCCCGGCGAGCAUCCAGAAGUGUAACUUACAGGAGUGCGGGAGCGGCCCCUCUGGAUCAGUUUGCCUUCGUGAUCGACUGACACUUCGUUUCUGUCAGACUCUCCGCUGGCUCGGCCGAUGCCACCUGCCCAACAUACGAGUACAGUGCUGCAAAACCUGCAGCCAGCGUCACCGCUCCAGCAGCACAUCUCGCCGCUAAGCCGCAAUAAAGUAACCACUCAUCAACUGGAACACUGAGGAAAUUCAAAUCAUCAUCUUAAGUCAACAAUCUAAGCUCUUUCUGUACAUAUGUUUUUCUAAUCAUAUAGCUUUGUUAUGGAUUAGUUCCCAACUCUGCAUGUUUGUGCUGGUGACAUAAUUUUAUAGGGCUGAAAUGAAUGAAAGCAUAACCUCAUCCCUAGCAAAACAAUGAGAAUGUAGGUAUUUGUUUGCACUUUCUAUACUAUACAGUGUGACAAGAAGGACAUUUCAUGAAGACUUAGAGUUUGUUUUAUCAAUGUAGCUAAAUAGUAAUUACACAUGUAGAUAAACCGCUCUUUAACCUUUACGGUUGGUACAAUGCUUUCAUUUAUUGACAGCAGCUAAAACUGGAUGGAUUAAAAUAUACUGGUAUACAAUUUGCUGUGUGGUUUUUACUUUGAACGGGCAACAAAAAACCGGUGCUUCAUAAAUAAUUGAUUGUUAGCGAAGCCUGCGCCCCCUUAGUUACUGUUGUAACAGCUUUGCAAUGUCAGUGGUCCAGCAUUUAAAGUACUAUUUUUAACAUUGGGUCCUUGUUUUCAGCCAUAAAUGACAGAUGUUGCAACUUUUAUCUGUUAAACUGUUUAAAAAACCUCUCAGGCUGACUUGUUUAUGUUUCAAAAUCACAUGUUUUGAAACAUGAACUCAGUAAAGGAUGUUUUCAAUAGGCACUUGAUGGCUAUCUAGAGCCUUCAAGCAUAAGGCAAACAUUUAGCAUCCAAAUAACAACAUUGUUCUUGUAGCCUACUGCAGUGUAGAGCUAGGGAGCCCCAUUAUGUAUGAUAAGAAAAAGCAAUUCUUACAAAGAACUAAAUUCUCAUUUCACUGGCUUGUCGGAACCGUGUUUGAGUUCAUGUGCAGCCAGAGCUCCAGUCGAGCACUUAUUUAUUUGGUUAAUGACUCUAUUUAAUACAUCUUUUGCUUCUGUUUAUUCUGUAAACUGAAAAGAAGUGCUUUGUCCAUCACUACUGAAAAACCUGCAGUGUCUAGUUACAGUAAUUGGACAUGGUAAAUGGUGGUCUGUUUAAUGUCUACAUUAGAGUACAGUCAAUAGUAAAAAGCCUUUAAAAGUAGUAGCAUCAAUCACCUUGAACGUAAUCUCCCACUUUUGCUUCACCACAUUGUUCAUUGUGGAGUGGAGGUUCAGGAAGUACUUGGUGCUAGAGGCCACACAGGCUCCAAUAACGUUCGGGCUGGUAUAGGCAGGCCUUAUCUACUUGAAUUUUGGAUAACUUAAUGGCAAUGUUUUUUAAAUCCACUAGAUUAAAAUAUCCUGCAAGUUUAGCUUUUCAGAAAUCAACAAGGAAUCAAGCUUUAAAAUAUGUUGUACUUUUGCAACUGUGGUUUUUAGUUUAUAAACCGUAAGGUCGUACUUACACAAUUGUUGUUGGCAUUGACAUCUACAAUACAUAGGCUGUAAUUCAGAGUCUUUCCAGCAUGAAUUGAAAAGCAGUUCAAACAUGACGCAGUUCAGCAAAGGCACCUGCUAUGGUGUCAUCUCCUCCUGUAUUGCUUUAUGCUUUCAAAUGUGUAAAUUAUAUAUCAGUUGAAAAGACUUUUGUUGUAUUGUACAAACGAAAACAUUCUUUAAGGGCCAAAGGAGGGGGAGAUCACUAUAGGGCUUUUUUUGAAUAAAGCAGGUGGGGAAAAGGUGCCUAUACAUCAUACCAUGAAUAGGGUUGUUGAUUCAAGGCACAACAUGUAUUCGCUGGAAGAAUGUAUAGAGCAUUUGAUCGAAACCUUAGAAACAUACAAUACACUUUCCUUAAGAAACGUUACAUAGAAGCACCAUAGGAACAACAGAGUUAGAAAAAAUGUAGUUAUUAUUCACUUAUUGUGUAUUAAAAGUCAACAUAUAUUUUCUAUUCAUGUAAAUGGCUUUGUCUGCUGUGUUUUGAACUGAAUGUUUCUUUAUAUGUUUACAGCUUUAGGUGAUGGGAACAUGACAUUUAAGUUGUGUUCUGCUGCUUUGUUUGGUUUGAUCUGUCUGAAUUACAUCUGUUUGAAAUUCUCAGGAUUCAAUUCAUAAUACGAUAAGCCUCUAUGGUUACUGUUGCUAAGCAGGUCAAGCUUACAUUGUGGCACAUAUGAAGCUUACAGGAUACCAAACAAACACUUUUCAAUAUUUCAGUUUAAGCAUACCACUGGUGCUGCUUCACAGUAGACCUUGGUAACAAUCGUGUUAACAGUUUUCCUGUUUGGAAUUUCGGUAGGGAAUGUGAUGUUAGUCAUGAAGUAAUGUUAGGUGCUAUGGUUACACAUGGAGCUAAGCUACAUGAUGCCAUGCUAUUUUUACACCAGGAUCAUGCCGGAAAGACAGAAGUUAGCAAUACGAUACAAGGCAAAGUAUGUUUCACUUUGAAAAAAACAACAGCUUUCAUGAAGAGGGUUUGGCAAUUGUAUCCCCGGUCUACCUAAAUGGAAUAAAGAAUUAGGACAAAACCACUAGCCUUUGACAUGGUAGCAUCUUGAAUUAGCUAACGCACAUUUUUGUGAGCAGGGCUAAUAAAUACAAAAUAAUCAAGUUAUCUGAGUUAGUUGGGGAGAGCUGUUGUAUGCAGCUUACCUUGAGGAUGCACUGUUUAAUUUUACAGCACAAUUUUUUUGGCUUUUCCUUUAAGGGAAGAGCAACAUGGACAUUGAUUCUCUUUUCAACUGUGUUUCUCAUGCUAAAUAUCAGCAAUUUGAAAUAGCUAUAUCUGGUCCUCACUUUUUUAUUGAGGUUUGGUGCUAAUUGUUAAAUAUGAACUUGUAGUUUCAAUGAUACACCGGUUAUUUUAUUAUUCUGAUACAACUUAGAAGACUCCUCUUUGGAAACACCUGCCAUGCGUAAUUACUUUGAAGCAAUUACUAAACCAAUUGGAAAGACGGAGAAGGGCUGUAACAAAGGGUCAAUCAUAUUUGUAAUGGUCUAAUGCUUUCACAUUCCACAUUGAAACACAUUUGUUGGACUGAUUGUUUCGUACUUUCUAUUUUCAAAGAGUUAUAUUUGUAAAUGUGAUGAUUAUGUCGGUUCCCAAGCACAAAAUCAAGACAGUGUCUUGUAUGCUGAAGCUACUAAGAACAUUUUUUUUAAAGCAAACAGUUGAAAAACUACAGUUUCUUUACAAAAUCCAGUCGUAAACUUCAUUUAAAUGAACUGUUGAAUGAUUUUGUAUAAAGUGUUAUUCAUGUAUUAAUCAGCGAUGUGUUAUUACAUAUGUAUAUAUACUGUGCUUUAUACUACGAAAUAAAGGUUUUGGUAAAAA